GUCAAAACGUUUGUAUGCGUAAAGUACUAGCGUGUAGGGGUAACCCAAUAGCGCCGCUACAUGGCGAUCUUCUAUCGAUAUAAAGCAGAGAUAGAUGCCAAUAACUUGAAUAUAUUGUGAAGGUAAUUAAUUAAUGAUGGAAGAAGGCGCGGUGGUGGAAGUGAAAAUAGAGGCGGCGGCGAGCAGGUUGUCGUCGUCGAGCAGCAGAGUAUUCCCGGAACCGGCGGCGGCAGACAUUUAUGAGGAUUGGACGCCGGCAGAAGUGCUGGCAGUGGGAGGAAUAAGCGUUCGGGGAGAAUCAGCUCUGGAGAGAAACGCGUCCUACAGAGAGUUGGCCCCCAUAGAUUCUCUGCUUCCCAUUACAGAGUCCAGAAAUGGCAACUUUUUCUCCGUCACUUUACUUUUGCUCUCCUCCGGCAUCGGCCUCCAGGCCCUCCUUCUUCCCGUUGCUUUCACCUCCCUCGGCUGGGCAUGGGGAAUAAUAUGUCUAUCACUUGUAUACGUAUGGCAAUUGUAUACCAUUUGGCUAUUGGUGGACCUUCACGAAAGCGCCGCCACCGGGACUCGUUUCAGCAGAUACGCCCACCUAGCCAUCGUAGCUUUUGGUCAAACCGCCGGCAAGUUGACCGCCAUAUUCCCCACAAUGUAUCUUUCCGGAGGCGCGUGCGUUCUAUUCAUAAUCAACGGCGGUGGGACCCUUGAGCUAUUCUACAAAACCAUGUGCGGCGGCGUAGAGGACCCCAGCUGCCACGGGGUUGGGCCCACCGGGGCAGAAUGGUUUCUGGUGUUCAUUUGCCUCGCCAUAUUGGUGUCCAUUUUCUUCCCCAAUAUGAAUUCCUUGUCUUCAAUCGCGGCCAUUGGUUCAGUCACGGGCGUGGCCUAUUGUACUGUUUUGUGGACACUGUCCCUUAGCAAGGGCAGACCGGAAGGAGUGGUUUAUGACCCUCCACUCGUUUCUACCUCAAAGGUGGACAGGUUUCGGGACAUCGUAAACGCUCUGACCCUCAUCUCUCUUGCAUUUAGAGGUCACAAUCUCGUCCUAGAGAUACAGGGAACCAUGCCCUCCAAUACCACUCCAAUGCGACGCCGUAUGUGGAAAGGGGUUGUGGCAUCUUAUGCCAUCAUUGCAUUGUGUCACUUCCCAUUAGCCAUUGCAGGAUAUUGGGCUUAUGGCAAUCUGGUUCUUAACAUUCUCUCAUCUCCGGUGAAUUAUGAAGUAAUAAAGUGCUAUAUUAACUACUAAUCAAAGUUUCACUUUAAUUUGACAUACAGAUGCCUAGGACAUACAACAAAGGAGGAAUUCUGAAUGCAUUUGCACAAUUUCACCGAGAUGACAUUUCGAAAUCCGGGAUGGGAGCGAUAUACAUGAUUAUCAUCAUAGCUUGCCUAUGCAACUUCCAAAUAUAUGCAAUACCAACGUUGGACAAUUGGGAGAGAAUAUACUUGACCAAGAAAAAGAAAAGUGGGUCUAGAUGGUUGCGGUUAAGUAUCAAAGUUCUGUUCGGUGGAUUGACCUAUUUGGUAGCUAUGGCUUUCCCUUUCUUGGGGAGUUUAGCUGGCUUUGUCGGCUCCAUCACACUGCCUCUUACUUUUGCUUAUCCGUGUUUCAUGUGGAUUUCCAUGAAAAGCCCACGCCGGUGGAGCUUACUCUGGUGUGUCAACAUGGCUCUCGGCUGUUUAGGAAUGUUAAUGUGUUUAGUAAUGGCAACGACAACCUUGUGGGAUUUGAUAGCUAAUGGCUUGCGGGCUAAUUUUUUUAAGCCUUGAAAUAUGUACUUACCGUUCGAGCAUCUUGUAAUAUAUUCUCAGUUAGGUUUCUUUUUGGAAUAUAUGCUUCUAUAGUUCUAUGUAUCAGUAACAAUAACGUACGGAGUUUUGCAUCUUGUUAUAGGGAAGAUCUCAAUUUUAAUUGAC